AGCCGUUCUUGCUUCGAGCCGUGGUGGGGCCAAGGGCGCACCGCAACACCGCCAGGGGGCGCGCACCGCGAAGGGGUCGGCACGCGCGGGAGGCCUCCCAGAGAUGUCUGUCGCCGCGGGCUCGGCGAGGGCGCUCCGCUCCGCCGGGCGGCGGGCGGCGCUGCCGCGGCGCUUCGGCGCCGCGCUGCGCCAUGCGCCCCCGUGCGCGUGCGCGCGCUGCGCCGCGCCGGCGCUGGCCUCCGCGGCCCGCCACGUGCACUCCUCGGCGCAGAGGGCAGCUGCCAAGAUGAGCCCAGCGGAGCUCACGAAGAUCCUGAGCGACCGCAUCUCGAACUUCUCGGACCAGCAGGACGUCCAGGAGGUGGGCCGCGUCCUGAGCGUCGGGGACGGGAUUGCCCGCAUCUACGGCCUCAAGGGCGUGAAGGCCGGCGAGAUGGUUGAGUUCUCCAGCGGCCUCAAAGGCAUGGCGCUGAACUUGGAGACGGACAACGUCGGUGUCGUCGUCUUCGGCGACGACCGCGCCAUCGUGGAGGGGGACAGCGUCAAGUGCACCGGCACCAUCGUGGACGUGCCCAUCGGUGACGCGCUGCUCGGCCGCGUGGUGGACGCGCUGGGCACCCCCAUCGACGGGCAGGGCCCCAUCGCCACCAAGGAGCGGCGCCGCGUGGAGCUGAAGGCGCCCGGCAUCAUCCCGCGGCAGAGCGUGCACGAACCCAUGACCACCGGGCUCAAGGCCGUGGACAGCCUCAUCCCGAUCGGCCGUGGGCAGCGCGAGCUCAUCAUCGGGGACCGGCAGACGGGCAAGACGGCGAUCGCCAUCGACACCAUUCUGAACCAGAAGUCGAUCAACGCAUCCGAGGACAAGAAGGCCCACCUCUACUGCAUCUACGUUGCCGUUGGCCAGAAGCGCUCCACCGUGGCUCAGCUGUUCGAGAUCCUCCGCAAGAACGACUGCCUGAAGUACACCACCAUCGUCGCCGCCACGGCUUCCGAUGCUGCCCCGCUGCAGUUCCUGGCGCCAUACACUGGCUGCGCCAUGGCCGAGUACUUCCGCGACACCGGCAAGCACGCCGUCAUCUUCUACGACGACCUGUCGAAACAGGCGGUGGCCUACCGCCAGAUGUCGCUGCUCCUCCGUCGGCCCCCUGGCCGCGAGGCCUACCCCGGCGACGUGUUCUACCUGCACUCGCGCUUGCUGGAGCGCGCUGCCAAGAUGAACGAGGAGACAAUGGGCGGUGGCUCGCUCACCGCACUCCCGGUGAUCGAGACGCAGGCCGGGGACGUGAGCGCCUACAUCCCCACCAACGUCAUCAGCAUCACCGACGGCCAGAUCUUCCUCGAGACCGAGCUCUUCUACAAGGGCAUCCGGCCCGCCGUCAACGUCGGCCUCUCCGUGAGCCGCGUGGGGUCUGCCGCGCAGAUCAAGGCGAUGAAGCAGGUCGCAGGCACCCUGAAGCUUGAGCUGGCGCAGUACCGCGAGGUGGCGGCCUUCGCGCAGUUCGGCUCGGACCUGGACGCGUCCACGCAGCACCAGCUCCUCCGCGGCGGCAUUCUGACGGAGCUGCUGAAGCAGAAGCAGUUUGUGCCGAUGACGACGGCCGAGAUCAUCACAUCCCUGUGGUCGGGCACGCGCGGCUACCUGGACAAGAUCGCCACGAAGGAGAUCCUCCGCUUCGAGGCCCUCUGGCUGGACCACGUGAAGAGCACCAAGAGCCACAUCCUCGACACCAUCAUGACCAAGAAGUCGAUCACCGAGGAGGUCGAGUCUGGGCUCAAGUCGGCCAUGGACGAGUUCCUCGGCAUGAACGAGUUCGAGGGCCGGGCCUCGUGAGGGAGCCGCGCGCUGGGCGCGCGGGCCGCGCGGCGCGGGGCCUUCGUUUCCGCACGGCCGCCCCUCCACCCCCCGCCGGGGUCGGGGGAGGCGGCUGGACGGUCGGUCCCUGCUCAACUCGGUGUGGCAUCCUCCUCUCCCCCAGCAUACGGGAGGCUCCGCCGCCGGCGCGCGGGCAUCAUAUAUUUUUGCCUCGGCGUUCGGCCUUGGUGUGGUAUUGUCCUCCUCCCCGGCGUGCGGGUCUGGUAGCCUCGUCCCCGUCCUCCUGCUCCUCCUGCUCCUUCUCCUCCUCCUCCUCCUCCUUAUGGUGUCCUCCCCCUCUGGGAAGGGCCUCCGCCGGCGUGCGGGAGGGGCUCGCCCUCGCGCUUGGGCACGGCGGCACGCCUCGCGCGCGCGGCCCGUGUGCGGCGCGGAUGCUUUAGGAUCACCGUGUUGGCGCUGCGGCAGGUCAGGGGGAGG